UGCCACUGUCAUUUUAUUUACGAAGGAAGUUUACCAAAAUAAAUUGCAGUUUCUACGCUGUUCCACUGUUCCAAAAUAAACUACCUAAAAUCUAAAUAGUUAAUCAAAUACAUCUGAGUUUUGUUUGAAUAAGUAAUAAGUUCACUCCAAAAUAAUGUUGGAGGUUAUAAAUGGAUUUCUACUAGUAUACUUUGUCGUUUUGACCACGAUUAGUGUAUUAGUACCUCAUUUUGUUAAACCAAUUGCAGCAUGCUUUGCCAGGCCAUCUGUAGAAGAAAGAGCAUCCUUUGCGGAGGUUAAAAGACUAAAAAAUGAACAAAAGAACAUUUCCAUGAAGGAAGAAUUUGCAGCAUACCACAAACUGCAGCGUAAAAUUAAUGAAAUAGAGAAUCAACUGAAAGAGAACUCUCAAUCCAGAAUGAGUAAAAGCCUCGCAGUUAAGAGCACUGUACAUGUGGCUCUUCAGGCAGUUGUAGCUUUCAUUAUUGUGCUUUCAGUUAUUUGGUUCAGGCGUGAGCCAAUAGUUGCACUCGAGGGCAAUUUGUUUCCCCUGUCAACUAUGCUGAGAUACCCCAGUGAAACUCCCAAUGCCAUCUCUACUCAUGUUUGGGUGAUGAUCUCAAAUCUUUCUAUCAGAACAUUAUUGAAACCAAUUGUUUAGUUAACCCUUUGAACGCCAGACUGAGCACGAAUAUGCCAUGCCCCGGACGCCAAGUGAUUGCUAUUAUUUAAGCGAAAUUGAACUUUAUGGAGUCUCGCGUAAGUCCCUAUUGAAUUGACGAAGCUCACGGCUGUAGCCAUCGUUGGCGCCCUUGGCAAGUCCAAUGACGUCCACAGCCAUCUGUGGCGGUCAAUGAGUUAAUUUAUGUAAAAUUGUAUAAUGAUUAUUUGAAUUAAAAUUAUCAAUAUAAAGAAAACCAACUUUUUCAUUUUAUCAUUUAUUCAUUAAACAAAAUUACUAAUAUUU